AUGACGUGUUCCAAACAAAGCCGCUAAGAGAAAAACCCUUGUGGGCAAAUGAACUGUUUUUAAUACAAAUAAUAAAGACAGCAGCUGCAACUAUGUCAGUGAAUUAUGCCGCUGGUCUCUCUCCGUACGCAGAUAAAGGUGUCUGCGGACUGCCUGAGAGUUUCGACAGUUCUGAGGAGCUAAAGGCAAAAGUGGAGACCCUUGCUCAGCUGAUUAAAGAGUCUGAGUACUUGGUUGUUCACUCUGGAGCUGGAAUUAGCACCUCAUCAGGCAUUCCUGACUUCAGGGGUCCCAAGGGUGUGUGGACGCUAGAAGAAAAGGGCGAGUCACCUCACUUUGAAACCACAUUUGAAGAUGCCCGCCCCAGUUUGACUCACAUGGCCCUCCUGGGACUGCAAAGGGCAGGAUACCUGAAAUACCUCAUCAGCCAGAAUGUCGACGGGUUGCAUGUUCGAUCAGGCUUCCCCAGGGAUAAACUAUCAGAGCUUCAUGGAAACAUGUUUGUGGAGGAAUGCGAGAAAUGUGGCAGGCAGUACGUGAGGGAAAAGGUGAUCGGUGUGAUGGGGCUGAAACCGACAGGACGUCACUGCGAGGUGGUGCGGUCCAGAGGGCUGAGGGCCUGCAGAGGAAAGCUGAUCAGCACCAUACUGGAUUGGGAGGAUGCUCUGCCUGACAGAGACCUGAACAGAGCAGAUGAUGCAAGCAGACGAGCAGACCUGGCGCUGACUCUGGGCACGUCCAUGCAGAUCAAACCCAGCGGCGACCUCCCACUCCUCACAAAGCGCAAAGGAGGGAAAGUGGUUAUCGUCAACUUGCAACCAACCAAACAUGACAAACACGCCCACCUGCGUAUAAACGGUUACGUGGACGAUGUCAUGAAGCAGCUGAUGGAGCUGCUGGAUUUAGAAAUCCCAAAAUGGGAGGGACCCGCCAUCUGCGAGAGCUCCACUUUCUCUCCCGAGGCCACCGCUGAUGUCAAGCCUCCUCGUGGCAUUUCUGCAAAGGACAAAGUGAAAAAGGACAAAAUCAAGGAGGAAAGGAAAAGGGGAGCAACGCUGCCGACGGAGGACGCCGGCGUAAAAGACGAGACGGUUUCAGUAAAGAGAGAGCGGGCAGAUUUUUCCGCGGAGACAGACCAAAAGGAAUAACCUCUGGAUGUCUUUUUUGUUGUUGGUCCUCCGGACUCGUCAAAACUACAAACACAAACUCGUCCAGAGGCUUACUCACGAGCUGAAAGUUUGAUCAACUUCAGAAAUAACUUUGGUCUCUUAUUUUCUAUCAUCUAGAAGAAAAACUUCUGUCGUAAUGGGGUUUUUUGGGGUUUUUUUUUAAAUGAUGUAACCUUUCAGACACCAUCUGACUCAGGUUCUCAUAAAGCCUCACUAAUUCAUGCUUGUUUGGAAGUGUUUCUCCUAAUAAGAACACAGCUGUAAGCACACACACUGAUGUAAAAUGUUUCGGGGAAUAUUUUGCACGUCAUCCAGCUCAGAGCCUUGUUUCUCCGGGAGAACAAGUCUAACAGGACAGUACGACGAGGCGAGAUCUGGAGCAUGUCGUUAUAGAUCAAGUUUUAAUAAGGUGUGUAAGUUUGCUGCACCUUAUUAAUAUUUAUAGCAUGCGCUCCAGAUCUUGUCCCUGCAGAUCUCGCCUUUUAAGUCUCCUUGGUUUGAUACAUUAUGAAAAGGAAUAUCAAGUGAGCUGCUUCUCCAAGUCUGGCUGACUAGUAGCUGCAGUGCAAACAUGCAGUGGGGGCCUUGAGGUGGGCUGAGCUGGGAUUUUAGGUCAUGUCAGAUUUUCGAACCGUGAUUGAAUCGUAAUCAUGCUGUGUGUUUCUAGGAACGAGGUCUUGGAGGUUGUGCUCUCCAAGAAAAUGUUACUUUAAAGAUUGAUUGUUGUUUUUACACUCUGGGCUGUACAUCUGUAAACACAUUUAGGGAGUAAAAUCAUAAACUCUGCGUAAAAACUGUCUCAUCUCUUGUGUACCGACUCGGUUGUUGAACUCACUCUCUCAUCUGAAAUUGUUUUUCAGAUUAAAAACAAAAUUGAUUCAAACUUCUGCAGACUUUACUUCCUGCUCCAGGGGUAAUUUAUUGAUAACUUUUCAAUCCACGUUAAAUUUUCAGUCUUCGAUUGAAAUGUAAAUUAUUAAAUUAUCUCUGCAGCAAGAAGUCUGUGCAGCGAUUUAUCUACUGCAAUUUGAAAGGAAUUGCAGUAGAGGAAGGUUGUGUUGAUCUUUCUAUACGUCUCCUAAAAUCCCUGGGGCCUGUAUCUUCCCUCACUGUGCUGGAAAUCUGUAAUAAUCAAACCUAUUAGAGAGAUUUGAGGCUGUCAUUACUUUUUAAUAUUAUUUCAUCCUAUAUUUGUUGUUUUUCUUAAUCCUUUCAGGGUUGUAAUUGAACUGCUGCCUAUAACACAAUAAGAUGGUGUUUUCAGCUUUGUAAGUGUCUCCCUUUUUCUGUCAAAAGGUUGAAUUAUUGUUAUGUCUGACCACAGAACAUGUCUGUGCAUUUGUAAACUAAUCUAGCUUUUUGCUUUUUUUAGUAGCGUACAUUCUGAGCAUCAAUUUACCGUGAUUAUCUUCACUUUUCAGCUAAUGGUUCUGUGGGAACCACAUUGCCGAUAAUCGUCGGUGUGGUGAAGCGGGCUAACGUUUCUGUGUUUUCGUAGAUUUUUCUCACAAAGUGGGACAAAGAGACUUCUGGGUACAAAGCUUUUUGCAAAAUUGCUCAUUGACACAAAACUGGCUCAUCCUUUGGGUUUCAGCACCUUAUUUACUCAUAAUGCUCAAAGAAAACCAAUGUAUCUUCAGAAAGCCUGAAGACUCACCACCAGGACCACUUUGAAUGAUAACUGGAAAAUUUGUCUCCUAAACUAAUAAUUGCACUGACUUAAACUUUUGCACAGUAAUACCUGAUUACAAAUAACAUUUUCUGAAAGCCAAAUAUGGAUUUUGAACUAUUAGGAGUUUUAUUUUUGUACUAUAUAUUUUCUCUUUCCUUCUGGACUUGUUCAUUACACUCUGGGAUGCUGGUGCUCGGUGUUAAUUGUUAUGACCGUGAUGAUGAAAACUUUGUGACCCUUCAUCUUCUGAUGAAAACUUUGUGAUCCUUUGACUUCAGUAUGUCAGUCUGACCCCCACCUGUGCAGAAAAUAACCUCAGCCUCAUUUCUGCUUGAAGGAACUUCAGCCCACUCAGCCGUACAGGACAGAUUAAACUUAUGCAGUUUCCUCA